AUGUCGAAGAUAGAGCGAAGUGGAGGAGAAAGACGAGGAAGACUGACAGCAUCAUCAUAUCAAACUAACAGCCAAGGACAGAGAGAGAGCCGUUCAACGUGUGGCGGAAGCGGCGGCUCGGAGGGCUCGGAGGGGCGUGCGUCUUGGCGCGUCACGCUGGACCACGACCUCGUGGAGACCCUCAGCGCCAUAUACCCCGAGUGGUUCAAGCCACAGCACCGCCGGGAGCGCAGCCGCGCGGCCUCGCCCGUCUCGCCUGCAUCACCGCCGCGCACUCCCGCCACACCGCCCUCAGACGACACUUUCAGUAGUUCUGGUGCGGAGGAGAUGGCUGGGCGGCAGGCGAGCUGCAGCGGCGCUAGCGAGCCGCCGAGCUCGCCGCGCGUGUCCCCGCCCAAAGUGGUCGUCGACGACAGCCCUCUGCAACCAGCCAUGGGAAAACAUAAAGAAUCUUUAAAAGUGAAGCUGAUGAUGAGGCGGCCAAUCAACCAGCUUGUGGCUCAAGGAAUCAUGCCGCCUUUGAAAACACCACCAGCGUAUUUCGAGCAAUGCAAGCAAUUAGAGAGAGCGAAAACUGGAGACUUAUUAAAAGCAAAAAUACAGCGGCGUCCGGACCGACAGGAACUCGAACGAAGACACAUAUUGGAACAAGAGAGCCAUGUCGAUCCCAGUCUAGCCGAAAAACAACGCAUGCUAAAAAAAGCACGUUUAGCGGAUCAGCUCAACGACCAACUGUCACAUCGUCCUGGUCCGCUCGAGUUAAUAAAGAAAAACAUACUACACACAGAGGAGACUAUAGAGACAGCAGUAAAGAGUGGCACUCUCGCGUUUAAAGCGACCAGCGAAGGUGCGUCGGGCCGACCUCAACAUCCGUCUUCGUAUUGCGGGCCGCCUGAGGAGGUCUCUCCCUCACCGUCGCCACCGUCCACACUCUCUCCCGUCAGCGUCGCCUCGCCGCCCCAGCAUCCGGCUCCUGGCAAAGAUAAGAAUAGGAAAAAGAGUAAACAAAAGCAGCAACCUAAAGCGAGGUUCAAGUUCCACGAAUACAAAGGGCCUCCGAAUGCAGCGAAAGCGUCGUCACCCCCGGGCUCCGUGGAGACUCCGUACGAGCUGCUGCUGCAGCAGCAACAGUUGCUGUUGCAGCUCAUGUUGCCCGCGUCGCCCGCGCCCUCGUCCGCCGCGUCCGUGGCCUCCGACUCCUCGGACGCGUACCCCGCGCACCCCGCGCCGCCCCCGCCCCCGCCCCUGCCCGUGCCCGCCGGCGUCACGCUCGUUGCGCCCGCGCGCUUCGAAGAUAUGAAAGUGUCCGACUUGCGCGCCGAGUGCAAGCGACGUAACCUUCGGGUAUCGGGGCCCAAACCACAGCUGAUCGACCGACUGCGGCCCUUCCUACUCGAGAAACAAGAAGAACCGCCGAAGUCACCGGCGUCGGUAGCCUCUUUCGUAUCGAUCGCAUCUCCAGAAGUGAAAUUGGAGCCCGAGCCCCCGGAAGAUAUCGUUCAAUCGCAGCGGAGACAGAUAGAAGAGCUCGAGAGAAAACUGGAAGCGUCGCGUCAGCAGCUGGAGGCGGUGCGGCGCGAGGCGGCGGGCGCGGCCGCCAGCGACCAGAGCCGCCGUCUGCUGCAGGCGCAUCUUUGUGUGUCGCAGCUGCGCGCGCAGCUCGACGCGCUGCAGCAGCCGGCCGCGCCCGCGCCCGCGCCGCGCCUCGUGCUGGCCGCGUCCGAUGCCGCGCCCGACCGCCUCGUGCGGCUCUUCACCGUCACGCCGCCCGCGCCGUCCGACGCCUCGCACGACUCCACCCCGCAGAAGCCCGCUAACCCGGCCUACAUACUCAAUGGCGUGAAGGUGGUCCCUAUCGCCAUCCUGCCCACCCACUAUGAGCCGGAGCGUGCGGCGCCGCCCCCUCCCCCGCCGCCGCCUCCGCCGCCUCCGAUGCCGCAGGUUCCAUUGGGUGCCGACGUACACGAUGCUGAGAAUAGUCAAAUAAUGGAUGACGUGCUUGAGAUCCUCGUGGAAAAUGGUGAGUUACCGCCUUCAGCCGUUGUCGAUGCGACAGUCGCUCCAUCAUUAGAUACGAGCUACGUUUCUAACGGGACGAAUGGCUUUGCACCAACGGACAUCUUGACAGACGAUGUACUCAAUGAUAAUCAUGUUCGAGAUUCACUCGCCGCAGAUGAGCUACAAAGGGAACUUGAUGAUAUACAAAAUGAAAUUAUGAGUCAUGCGGACUUGCAAGCUGUUAACGCGAAUAAUCGGUGCCAUGUGGAUCCCUCAACGUCGGACAUCGAUACAGAUAUAACAGUUGACUUGUUGUCCAAUGGGGAAUUCCACACAGACUUUGGGUCUGAUCCAAAUUCAGUCGACAACGACGAUUUCUUCGGUAGUCUACUGUCCGGUGAUGGCGGAGACCGAUUAGAUGAUAAAUCGCAGGCGAUGGAUAUCGGUGAGGACGUACCGGAUAGAAUGAGCAUGACUCCACUAACAAACGGAGACAUAUUAGAUCACACACGAACUGGGUUCGAAUACAUGGACGAUCUAUCGUUGCCAUCGUUCCAGAACGAAGAAUCCCGUCACGACACGUUCGACGAGCGGCCGUGCGAGAUCGACCUGAAGGAGUUCGGGAUCGACACGGGCUCGCACAUGCACGUGGACGGGGACGCGUACGAGUACAUGGACACGGAGCUCAUCCCCAACAUGUUCGGUCGCGGCCACGUGGCGCCGUGCGACCCACUGCUGGGCGGCGCGGGCCCGGGCCCGCUGGCGCCGCGCCCCGCCCGCAAGCACUACUCGUGGGACCGCAUCGAGUACGACGCCACCUGA